AAUAACUUCAUCAGUACAGAAGCGUGACCCUUUAAACGUAUGUUCCUUUCCAGACAUUGCUUCCUAAUUUUAGGGGUUUCAUGUUGCUGAAAGUAUCCGAACAAUCAUGCGUGGAUAUUUUGUAGUCAGAGGUAUUUGACCAAGCUCCAGGCGCGGCGUUUCACGCCCCACUUUGAGCAUCGCCGGAGCCAGCUGUCGCCCUGGCUCCCUGCAGCAGCGCCAGAAUCCUUCUGGCAGGAUCACCGAAACUUCGCCUCCUCCCGCCGACCCAGCCGAAGGAAGGCAAAAUGGAUCACCGUGAAAUCACCCCAGAGGCUGACAAAACCCACCAAAACCGUCUCUCCAGCGUCACCGAGGAGGAAGAAGAGCAAGAUGCCGCUUACACGAUUGUGACGGUCCUGGACAAAGUGGCCAACAUUGUGGACAGCGUGCAGGCGAGCCAGAAGAGGAUAGAGGAGAGGCACAGGGAGAUGGAAAAUGCCAUCAAGACCAUACAGAUCGACAUUUUAAAGCUUGCCCAGGCUCACGGCAAUACAGGCUACACGGUGAACAAGUUACUGGAGAAAACCCGCAAAGUCAGCUCCACCGUGAAGGAGGUGCGGGCACGCGUGGAGAGGCAGAGCGCCAGCGUGCGGAAGGUGGAAGCGAAACAAGAGGAGAUGCUGAAGAAAAACAAAUUCCGUGUCGUAAUCUAUCAGGAGGAAACCGAGUGUCCUUCAUCUCUCUCUGUUAUCAAAGAGAGGACAGCGGGUGAAACUCUAGAGGAUGAUUUCUUCGCACCUGAUGAUCUGUCUUCUGAUGAAGAAUAUUAUAUUGAAGAAAGCAAAGCAGCCCAGUUCAAGAAAUCAGGCAUGAGGCGCAUAGAUGGUAUCAAAAAAGCAUUUUCAAGGGAAAAUAUCCAAAAGACGAGACAAAAUUUUGGCAAGAAGGUAAACAGGCUUCGAACUAGAAUAGUGACCCCUGAGAGGAGAGAGAGGAUCAGGCAGUCAGGAGAGAGACUGAAACAAUCUGGGAUAAGGUUCAAGAAAACCAUUUCACAAGCUGCCCCAACGAAGGAGACGUUCAAGAUCCAUAAAAAAAAUAAAGAACGAACAGGAGCCGAAGGUCAGGAGGGGAUCCAGGAAGCCGGUGUGCACAUCGCCUCUGAGCUCGCAGCAGCAGAGCCCUUCACCGAAGAAAUCUCUUACACAGAAGUGAUCACUAAGGUAAAAAAAGACAAGAAUGGUGCAACAAAAGGUGCUUCCCAGUCAACUGAAAAAGGAGUGACAAUCCCAGAAGUCGUUCUUAAGCAGGAAGGAAAAGAAGGAGGAGGAGGUGAUGAUGUCCCUUUGCUAGACUUAAAGCAAUCGGCAUAAGGAAUCAAUUAGCAAACACAUCAUACUAUCCUUACUGAACAAGAGAGAACACAGUAUGUAUUCACUCAGCUUUAGAAAAACGUGUGAAUUUGUGUCAUAUCACAGAACAUGUGUUGGUGGUGUUCUAUCAUUUACACGGGUGUCUGUAGUGUCGUCUUCCCGACAAAAGCCAAGCCAUGCAAACUGAGUGAAGGGGCUCCCCCUCUGCCUCGCAGUGUGCCGACAGCCAUCGGCCAUUUAACCCAAAUGGAACUCCCAUGUCAAAGGGAGAUGGAAAUCUGCUGUAUUUUCGAGAUUGAUUUAGCAGUCACUUUACAGCCUAAUUGCUCUCUUUAGUUUUACAUACAACAGUAUAAAAACAUUUUCCAUUACCUUAUACCAACUCCUCUAAUCGGAAAACAAUAACAAAGCUAUCACUUCGUAUUAGCAAAAGGAAGAACUAUGAAAAAUGUCCAUUCAGCUGUACAAAUCUGUUCGUUUAAGGGCCCUCACUGAAAGAGCAGAAGGAGGAAAUGUCUGCUUUAUCCAGGGUGUGACAAAAUGUGGCAGGAAUGAUAGGGUGUUGAGUAAAUUGUGUUUCUUCUCAGUGGAAAAACAAAGCUCCUGACAUGACUAAAGAGUAUUUCCAGAGUUCUGGAAGAGGAAGGUUUGAUGUAGGUAAGCAAUGCAUUUUGAGCACUUACGGAGUAAGAAUAAAAAAUCAGAAGACCUGUUAAAUAUGGAAUAGCAGGAGGAAAAGAGAAUGAGGUAUCGUAUUCACGUUUUGGAAAGAUGUGACUGUGAGAAAGGCGAGGGUAUGAAGCAGUAAAAGAGGAAUAAGAUUAAUGCAUGGGUUCUGGAUAAAUAGAGAAAACAAAUUAGAAUAUUGUAACUGAAGUUUCCUCAAGAUCUUUUAAAGAAUUGUUACUGUAUCCAGAGGAUCAGAGGGCAUAGGAUCAUGAAUGUAAGAGACCAGACAAGGGAAUUGUUUUGUUUUCCAUUCUCUGUGCUUUUACUGAGCUUCACUGCAAUUAAAUUCUAUUCUGCAAAGCCGCUGAAGUACAGGGCCAAUCCAUAACCCAAUUCUUUGUUUCCUAUCAUCAUCAUUAUCAACCAGCCACAGCCUCAGGGAUUAUGAGACAGACACCCUUUGGAGUAUGGAAUGCUGUUUAUUCGCAACACUCAGGAGCCAGUGCCCUGACAUCAGAUAUGUUUGCAAACACGGCCGCUACGCUGACAUGGGGUGCAGGACUGUAUUGCUCUCUUCAUUCUUAAACGGAGUUGCCUUCAAAGCACUUAUCUAAAGCAAUGUUAGUCAUUACUAUCUGUGUGAAACUUGUACAAUAUUGCCAAAAGCUGUAUGAUGGUAUUUAAUAUCUCAGAUGCAUUUUAACAGCAGAGCAUAACUUGGUUAUCUAUAUACAUUGUUUGAGGACUCCCAGCUAAUUGUUAAUCUAUAAUUUAAAUAUAAUUAGUUUGAUUUCAAAUAUUCUGCCUGCCAGUUCUUUCAUUUAGUCUGGUGUACAUCACAUUUGAAGGGAAACAGCUUUAGCAGUAGUAACUAGGGAACACUGGUUGGGGAAGGUCGAUGUUAUAGUGUGUCAAUGACAUUUCAAAUCAAAUUAAUGUUGUCAGAUUGGAAGCAGUAACUCCACUGAAUGGAAGGGCAGGACAGGGCAAGAGAGACAGGGAGAGGAAAACAUUUCUUUCAGCAGUAAAUCUGUGUUGGGUUUGCAUGGCAAGGUUUUGGUAGUGGGGGGGCUACAGGGGUGGCUUCUGUGAGAAGCUGCUAGAAGCUUCCCCUGUGUCUGAUAGAGCCAAUGCCAGCCGGCUCUAAGACGGGCCCGCCGCUGGCCAAGGCCAAGCCAAUCAGCGCCUCUGUGAUAACAUAUUUAAGAAGAGGGAAAAACACUUAGAGAGAGAGCUUUUGCAGCCGGAGAGAGGAGUGAGAAGAUGUAAGAAACUCUGCAGACACCAAGGUCAGUGCAGAUGGAGGGGGAGGAGGAGCUCCAGGCGCCAGAGCAGAGAUCCCCCUGCAGCCCGUGGUGAAGGCCAUGGUGAAGCAGGCUGUCCCCCUGCAGCUCAUGGAGGAAGGAUGAGGGGGUGUAGAGAUUCCACCUGCAGCCCGUGGAGGACCCCACGCCGGAGCAGGUGGAGGCACCUGAAGGAGGCUGCGACCCUGUGGGAAGCCCAUGCUGGAGCAAGUUCCUGGCAGGACCUGUGGACCCGUGGAGAGAGGAGCCCACGCCAGGGCAGGUUUGCUGGCAGGACUUGUGACCCCGUGGGGGACCCCACGCUGGAGCAGUUUGCUCCUGAAGGUCUGCACCCCAUGAGAGGGACUCCAUGCUGGAGCAGGGGAACGAUGAGAGGAGUCCUCCCCCUGAGGAUGAAGAAGCGGCAGAAACACCGUGAGAUGAACUGGCCGUAACCCCCACUCCCUGUCCCCCUGUGCCGCUGAGGGGGGGAAGGUUGAAGCCGGGAGUGAAGUUGAGCCCGGGAAGAUGGGAGGGGUGGGGGGAGGUGUUUUAAGAUUUGAUUUUAUUUCUCAUUCCUCUACUCUGUUUGCCUAGUAAUAAAUUAGAUGAAUUCCCUCUC